CUUUUCAAGCUGACACUGAGUCCUUGCCUGCACCCAGCUUAACUCAAAGUAGCUGCAUACCCUAAGUGUGUAGGUGAGACAAACUGAGCUGUUGGAUCUGAAGGCAGAUGGCUCUUCUUCAGGCCAAUAAGGAUCUCAUUGCUCUGGGAAUGAAGGAAUUCAGCGUUCUGCUGAACCAGCAGGUCUUUAAUUAUCCUCUUAUCACAGAAGAAGACAUGGUAGUGGUAGUGGAUGACUGGGUGAACAUCUACAUCAACUAUUACAGGAAGCGACUGACAGGGGAGAAGCAAGACCAAGACAGAGCUCUGCAGGAACUUCGGCAAGAGCUGAAGACUCUGGCCAGUCCUUUCCUAGCCAAAUACAGGGCCUGCCUGGAGUCCCAUGAGGAUUUGAGCAAUGCAGUGCCUUCCUCCUAGCCCAGAGGCCUGGGCCUUCCUGUCUAAGAGCCCUGAAAUCGUGCUCUGUGCUCUUCCUGUCCUUGGGUGAUGGUCCUUUAUGGUAUUACUCUACUUUGACAUCCCAAUAAAUGCUACUUUGUCUGAA